AUGCUCCCCCGUGACCGUCCAUUCUUCCUGUUCCCUGCUUCUUGCUCCCCAUGGAUUCUGACAAUUACGCCUCGCAAUCCCACCGUCCGACUCAAGUCAUUAGAGCUGACCAUGGGUCCCUAUGACGACGAGGGCGACGUGAAUCUUACCUCGUAUCUGGAACAGUUACCUAACACGCUGGAGGACUUGUUUGCACACCGAGAAGUGUCGGUCUGGCCCGAUUCUCCAACAGAUGAAGAUUACAUGCCAUUCUGGGACGACAUCUGGGACGCCAUCCAGCACCAACGGGCAACGCUUCGUCGGAUGGUUUUGCAGAUCAAACCGACCGAGGAUUGGGGCCACAGCUGGAAAGUGGGCGACGUGUUCAACCUCGGCCUCCCACGAGAGGACGGUUUCCUGGACGAUCCACUUUCGGGCUUCGAUUUGGAAUUCGAGCCUUUCACAAAAAAGGAGACACUCAAGACGCUUCAUAUCCGAGCACCUCUGGACAUGGUUAGGAAGGCGCCUCGGGAUGACGCGGUGGAUCCGUCCGCGGAGCGCCCCAAGAUCGGGCUGUGGGAGUUCUAUGACCUGGCCAACUGGAUCUUCGGGCCCGAGGGGAUCCCAUCACUCGACCUGCUAGUUUACGGCGACUUCACCGGCCGCGGUUGGACCUGGAAACAAUCCGACGACAUCUUCUUCAUCCGCCGGAGGAGACGGCAGCAGCAGCCACUACGGGAAGAGGCGGGACAUGAGGACCCAGAACAACAACAACCAUGGGACUUCUAUGUCCCCGAUACAAGCACGAAUUCAGGCGAAGAUGCAACCUUGAACAAGUUGAUCGUGGACAAUUUUGAUUUUCUCGAGGCAUUGCCUCUGAAAAUUUCGGGCUACGCAUAG